GAUUACAAACUCCAGUUAAGUGGCGCACCGUCCUCCUCCUCCCCAUCUUUCAUCCAGAGUAAAGCCAGGCGCACGGAGCGCAUCCGGACCGAGCUCACCCACUGGGAAUUCCAAUUCAGCUCUGUGCUGUCAGCGCCUAAAGCAGCCGAGCUCUGCAGUGGAGGGGGGACUGAGGAAACAUAGAGACAAAGAGAGUGAGGGAAAAGGGAGAUGGGUCCGGUGGCGGUGAGGUAUCCGUGAUUGUCAAGUAAACGGCGGUGAAGUUGUUCGGCUCCGCUCGGAUCUUUUCUCCAGGUCGUUGAGUGUGUGAUUGUGUGUUCAGCAUGAGUAACAUCUACGAGUCGGCUGAGGCCACGCUGGGCUUCAUCAGUUCUCCAUGUCUGACCAAAGUGGAGCUGAGAGUGGCCUGCAGAGGAAUCUCAGACCGCGACGCCCUCUCCAAACCCGACCCCUGCGUCGUGCUAAAGAUGCAGUCUCACGGGCAGUGGUUUGAGGUGGACCGUACAGAGGUGAUCCGGAGCAGCAGCAGCCCAGUCUUCUCCAAAAUCUUUCUGGUGGAUUACUACUUCGAGGAGGUCCAAAGGCUUCGAUUUGAACUUCACGACAUCAGCUCCGGGAACAACGGCCUCCGUGACGCUGACUUCCUGGGAUCUAUGGAGUGCACUUUGGGACAGAUCGUUUCACAGAGGAAACUGACCAAAGCUCUUCUGAAACAGGGAAACACUGCCGGGAAGUCUUCCAUAACGGUGACAGCAGAGGAGUUGUCUGGUAAUGACGACUAUGUUGAACUCUCCUUCAGUGCUCGCAAGCUCGAUGACAAGGAUUUCUUCAGCAAGUCAGACCCUUUCUUGGAGAUUUUUAGAAUAAAUGAUGACGGGACUGAAUCCCUCGUACACAGGACUGAGACGGUCAUGAACAACCUAAGCCCAGUUUGGAAAUCCUUCAAAGUUUCCUUGAACACUCUGUGCAGUGGCGACCAUGAAAGGGAGCUAAAGUGCACUGUUUGGGACUGGGACUCCAACGGGAAACAUGACUUCAUUGGCGAAUUUCAGACCACCUUCAAGGAGAUGAGAGCUGAGCAGGAGGGCAAACAGAUCCAAUGGGAGUGCAUCAAUCCAAAGUACCAGAUGAAAAAGAAGAAUUACAGAAACUCUGGAAUGGUCAUGCUCAACCACUGUAAGAUCAUCAAAAUGUACUCCUUUCUGGAUUACAUCAUGGGAGGCUGUCAAAUUCAAUUCACAGUGGCGAUAGACUUCACAGCAUCCAAUGGGGAUCCCAGAAACAGCUGCUCCCUCCACUACAUCCACCCAUACCAGCCCAAUGAAUACCUCAAAGCGUUAGUGGCUGUAGGGGAGAUUUGCCAAGACUAUGACAGCGAUAAAAUGUUCCCGGCGUUUGGUUUUGGAGCACUGAUACCACCUGAUUUCAAGGUUUCACACGAUUUCGCUGUGAACUUUGAUGAGGACAAUCCUGAAUGUGCCGGAAUCCAAGGGGUAGUGGAGGCCUAUCAGAAUUGCCUUCCUAAGAUUCAGCUCUACGGGCCCACCAACAUUGCCCCAAUCAUUCAGAAAGUGGCCUCGUCUGCCUCCGAAGAGAUGCACACCAAAGAGGCCAUGGAGUACUUCAUCCUGCUGAUCCUGACGGACGGCGUCAUCACUGACAUGGCGGACACGCGGGAGGCCAUCGUCCACGCCUCCCACCUGCCCAUGUCCGUCAUCAUCGUAGGCGUAGGCAACGCAGACUUCACGGACAUGCAGAUUCUGGACGGGGAUGACGGGAUCCUGCGUUCACCCAAGGGCGAGCCCGUACUCCGUGACAUAGUCCAGUUCGUCCCCUUCAAGGACUUCAAACAUGCCUCCCCUGCUGCCCUGGCCAAGAGUGUUUUGGCAGAAGUCCCAAACCAGGUGGUGGAUUACUACAACGCUAAAGGCAUCAAACCCAAGUGCAUGUCAGAUUAUGAGUCCACGAGAACCUUCAGCCCCUGACAAUGGACUUAUUGCACACACUCCAAUACACACACCCAUAUGUCAUAUAUAAACUGUAUAUUGACGUACUGUAUCAUACAUUAACACAUGCAAAAGCACAAACACAUAUAAACACAUACAUGUACACAUAGCCGUCAUACAUACAGUAGUCUAGCUCAAACAAUUAGCUCGUUCUGGUGAAAUUAUUCCAUUGAUGACUAUUGCAUGUUUGGCCACAAUGGCUUCACCUGGGAAAUAAUUACUCUCUACUGUAUAUCUGAAAGAUGUUUAUAGACAUAAGAGCAGUCUCUUGAACCAGCAUGCAGACUCAGAUCAUAGCCUGCCCAAAGAAAUGACACUCCUACCUUAUUUAGAUAACUAGCAAGUUCUUAGACUUAAAGAUUUGUGAGUAGAAAAACCAGAAUAUGUGACUGCAUAAUCCUAAAUGCUUAGAAUUAGCAUUGCAAAUGUUAUUUAUGGGAAUGGUAGUGUCCCUAUUAGUGUACUGCAUAAAUGCAUGCAUAAUUCAGCGCCUGCUAAUAUCCAAUCUCCAAUAGCUGCUUGCUAGUUAUGAAAUAAAGUAUCUCUGUCAUUUGAGUGACAUUCAGGGUUGUCUUGGGUGUUUUGGGUUCUUUUCUACAGAUCUGUUUCAGAUUUUGAAUGAUCUGAACAACUGAAUAAUUGUAAUAAUUUCUUAAUAACCUUCUUACAUUGUAAAGAGUUUUGGAAGGGAUAGCUAAGCGUGCGUGGUAGACACUCAUCUGUGUGCUGAAAAGUGUUUUUUUUCCCCUGUAUUCUGCAUGUUGAUUAUAAUAAAGACACUUUGGGUUUUCA